UUAUUUUAGAUAUUCUUGUUUAACUAUGGAAAAAUAUAUCGUGAUCAUAGAAUCCACCGGACCCUUAUUUCCCUGCCUCAUCUGUGAUGUUAACUUUUCAUCAGGGCCUGCCUUGGAAAAGCAUAUGUUUUCACACAUUCACACUAAAAAUUAUCUUGGAACUAGACAUUUGAACAGACAUGCAACUGACAACAUACUGGAAACUAGUCAGCCUACAGACUCUGACAAUAUCACAAGCAAAUCUUUCUUACAAACUAGUGGUGGAGAGAAACCUGAUGUUCUUGGACGAGAAUGUGGAUGUGAUGAAGCUGGAAAAUCUGAAAAUUGUGGACAAAUUGGCAGGAAGUUGGACACCCUAUUAUCACAUGUUCAUACUGAUAAUGUAAAGCCAGUGCCAAAUUCACCAACCAACCGUGGAGAUGAACGAUUUAUUUGUCCACAGUGUGGAAAGAAGUGUGGAAGUGGAUAUCGAUUAAAUGUGCAUAUGAGGACUCAUACUGGGGAAAAACCUUAUAUCUGUAGUAAAUGUGAAAAGGGUUUUUCACAAUUAUCCAGUUUACAACGGCAUGAACGAACUCAUACUGGAGUAAAACCUUAUGCCUGUACACAAUGUGAAAGAAGUUUUUCAGAUUUAUCGAAUUUACAUGCGCACGAGCGAACUCAUAUAGGAGAGAAACCUUUUAUUUGUAAAGAAUGUGGAAAAUGUUAUUCACGAUUAACUCAUUUAAAUAGACAUGAGCAAACUCAUACAAAGACCAACCAUGGAGAUGAACGAUUCAUUUGCCCGAAGUGUGGAAUAAACUUGGAAAGGGGAUAUAAAUUACAUGUGCAUAUGAGGACUCAUCAUACUGGGGUGAAACCUUAUAUUUGUGAACAAUGUGAAAAGUGUUUUUUCACAUUUAUGUAGUUUACGACGGCAUGAACGAACUCAUACUGGAGUAAAACCUUAUGCCUGUACACAAUGUGAAAAGAGUUUUUCAGAUUUAUCAAAUUUACGUGCACAUGAGCUAACUCAUACAGGUGAGAAACCUUUUGCAUAA